AUGUAUGCUCUCGCCCGGCUCAUAUCGACGACAAGUCUUUCACUUUAUCAUGCACUGCUCUCCAGCUGUUCCCGGGCAUUUACGAGUAGUAAAGCAGAUGAAGUCCGUGAACUUAUAAGAACCAGGUUCCGCAAGGACCAGAAGCUACAAAGCAUAAGCAAAAUAGCCAAUGCUUUGAAAGCAGGGCAGGAAGUACGCUAUCACCCACUUCUUUAUAAGAAAUGGGAAAGCGAAGGCGCUAACGACAAUCUCUCCCAGGCCCUUGAUCUAUUCCAGGCUUGCUCGGGUGGAAAUAAGCAAAGCAACCAGCGCGUCGAUUCUUUGCUCGCCGCAACGAAGUCUCUCCUGCAGCAGACCCUACAAGAACGCCGUGAUCAGGCUGCGAAUACGCCGCCGCCAGAUCGCACCUCGUUGGCUGCGAAGGAAAGGGCCAAUCGACGCCCGGAAGCUCGUCGCCCACACCCUGAGAGAAUUUCGAUUCUUUCCCGACCAAGGCCGGUAGUGAGUGGUAGGCGUCGUGUCCCUGUGCUAGUUAAUGCACGCGGUAUUCCUUUCUUGCGGAUUAAGAAACCGCAGCCUCCCAGCUUGAGCUGCACGAUUAGGAGCUUGCUGAAUAGGCGCUGGAAACGAAUUGAAAGGCGUGAUCGACUGGAGCUUGAGCUUGUACGUGCACGGGAUGAGGAUCGCUGGGAUGCGCUUACAGGGCAGAGCGAUAUCUUAUCUUGGGAAGGAACUGUAAAAGAGAGUUUACAUGAGGUCAACACCAUAAUAUUAGAAGCAGACCGGAAAAACAGAGCGAUGGCUCAGAAAAUGUGGGAGAUAGUAUUGAAGGAAAGGGAAUUGGCAAAGAAGGAAGCUCUGGAGAGGAGGCAAAAGACGCCAUCCGAACAACAAGCGAAGAGCGAGUAA